AGUCAGACUGACAGACUGAGCAACUUCAGCUGGUUCCUCCUGUUGAUUUAAUCCUUGUUGUAGAGAUGGAUCAUUGGCUGUGGAUCAUUCUGGCUGCUCUUUUCUUUGGUAAGAAAACUCAACAUGUUUCCUCUCAACACUCUUUCUACACAGUUACACAUGAACGGAUCUUUAUUUGGCUUCUGCAAAUUUACACUGAAACCUACUGAUGGUUCUCCUACAGUCUCCUGAGUUUAUUGAUCAUCUCUUCUUCUGCUUGUUUUCUUCUUCCUCAGAGUGUAAAGGAGAAGACUCAGUGACCCAGACAGAGGGAGAAAUCUUUGCUUUUGAAGGACACACAGUUACACUCAACUGUACAUUUGAUACAAGUAGUACAACUCCAACAUUGUUCUGGUAUCGACAGGAUCUUCAGGAUUCCCCAAAGUACAUGCUGAAAUCUUACUAUGGAACUGUUGAAAAUGCACCAGAGUUCAACAAAGACAGAUUUAUAGCUGCAACAAAUGGGAAACUAUUUCCUCUGAAGAUCCAGAACCUUCAUCUGUCUGACUCUGCUGUGUACUACUGUGCUCUGCAGCCCACAGUGACAGGAAACACCAAAACUCUCUACAAAAACCAUUGA